CACUGGGAGCGUUUAUUAGAUGGGCUCUGUCUAUUAAUAUAGUGCGGUAAUAUUUGACUUCAGAAUGGUUUCCACGCAAACUAUCCAAGAAUGCUUUAGAGGUAAAAACUUAUUCCUGACCGGAGGAAGUGGAUUUAUUGGGAAAGCUUGCAUAGAAAAAUUUCUACGCUCGUGUCCCGAUUUGGGCAAGAUUUACAUUCUGCUUCGGCCCAAAAAAGGAAAGUCUCUAGAAGAGCGAUUCGAGCAAAUUACAUCCUCACCGCUGUUCGAGAAACUGAAGCAAAUACACCCUGAGAGUCUGAAGAAAAUUAUCCCCAUCAAGGGAGACGUGCUUACGCUCGGACUAGGUAAAAGCACGUUUCAAGACUUGAACUUGUAGCA